UUUGUGCGGACCUUCGUAACGGACUUUUUUUUUAAUAUAAAAAUUUAUUUUGUGUUCGGUAAAUAACGAAAGAGAAAAUUUAAUUACGAUAAUGGCAGAUGAUAAGAUUAAAAAGAAUCUCCUUCUCAUGUUUGAGAGACCACGCGAACCGAUUUUCGCUAAAAAGGGAGAUAACGUUAUCUUCAGUGUGCCGGAGAACUUUCUCACGGAGCGUUACAAGCCGAUUGGGACGCAGCUGAGCAAUCGGUUUGGCGAUGUACGCGAAGAAAUUCGUGUCUCGAACAUCAGUUUGCCCGAUAUGAGACCUGUGAUGGCGCUCGGGCGCAACGAACAAUUCUCCCUUUGGAUACCGAGACAUCGGAAGAUCGCAGGACGUUUGAUUGACAUUUUUAUCGGAAUGCGCACUGUUAACGAUUUGCAAAGUGCUGCUGCGUAUGCGAGAGAUCGCGUAAACCCUUAUUUGUUUCAAUAUGCCUUGGCUGUUGCACUACUCCAUCGACCCGAUACGAAAAACGUUCCUCUGCCAAGCUUAGCUGAAAGCUUCCCCGACAAAUUCGUCGACUCUGCCAUUUUCAACAAGUUACGUGAGGAAACAUUCGUCAAUAACGAGGAAAAUGCUCAAAUGCGAGUGCCCAUUGAGAUUCCUCGUGAUUACACAGCUUCAGAUUUGGAUCCGGAACAUCGCUUGUGGUAUUUCCGAGAAGAUUUGGGCGUAAACUUGCAUCAUUGGCAUUGGCAUUUGGUUUAUCCAUUCGAAGCGACGAUGGUUUCAUUGGUGAACAAGUCACGACGAGGAGAAUUGUUCUACUAUAUGCAUCAACAGAUGGUUGCACGUUACAAUUUCGAGCGACUUGGCAACCAAUUGGCGCGUGUAAAGCGCUUCAACAACUUCCGAGAACCCAUUCCCGAAGGAUAUUUCCCGAAAAUGGACAAUUCCGUGGCUUCGCGUGCCUGGCCUGCGCGCGCUGAUAACUCCGUGUUGCAAGAUUUGAAUCGCGAACUCGAUCAAAUUCGUCAAGAUGUCUCGGAUUUGGAGCGUUGGCGUGACAGAAUCCUCGAAGCAAUUCAUCAACAAGCUGCCGUCAACGAAUCAGGUCAACGCAUUCCUCUCGUAGCGGAUGGAAGUACCGAUAGCGGUAUCGAUGUGCUCGGAAAUAUGAUUGAAUCGAGCAUUUUGUCGCCAAAUCGUCAAACGUACGGCGACAUGCACAAUUUUGGUCACGUCUUUUUGUCGUAUGCGCACGAUCCGAAUCACAAACAUCUCGAAUCGUUCGGCGUGAUGGGCGAUACGGCAACAGCAAUGCGUGAUCCCGUUUUCUACAGAUGGCAUGCCUUCGUCGACGACAUGUUCCAAGAGUACAAAGAACAGCUGCCAGCUUACACGACGGAGCAAUUGACGUUCCCCGGCAUUGAAGUCUCUGCCAUUCAAGUUACGUCGCAAGGCGGCAAACCAAAUACCUUCCAAACGUUUUGGAAUCAAAGCGAUGUCGAUUUUUCGCGAGGAGUUGAUUUUGCGCCACGCGGAAAUGUUUUUGUGCGAUUUACGCAUUUGAAUCAUACGCCGUACACGUUGAUCUUGCAAGUUGAAAAUCGUACGGGAGCAACUCGUUUGGGCAUGUGUCGCGUUUUUAUGGCACCCAAAAAUGACGAACGCGGUGUUCAAAUGUUGUUCAGGGAUCAGCGUUUGUUGAUGAUCGAACUCGAUAAAUUCGUUGUGCAAUUGAAUCCAAACACAAAUGUUAUUCGUCAGAACUCGACAGCAUCAACUGUUACUGUUCCAUUUGAGCAAACUUUCCGUAAUUUGGAUCAAAAUCGUCCCGCAGCAGGAACAGAUGAAGAAGCUGAAUUCAAUUUCUGUGGAUGCGGAUGGCCUCAACACAUGUUAAUUCCCCGCGGAACUCCGGGCGGCAUGCAAUGCGAUUUAUUCGUCAUGAUUUCCGACUUCGAACUCGACAAAGUCGAUCAAAAUCUCGUUGGCGCCUGCAACCAAGCUGCUGCUUACUGCGGAAUUCGUGAUCGUGAAUAUCCCGAUAGACGUCCCAUGGGUUAUCCGUUCGAUCGCGUUUCUCGCACGGGCGCCGAUCAACUUGCCAACUUCGUGACGCCCAAUAUGCGCGUGCAAACUGUUACCAUCGUGCACAGUGACACCGUUCGUCGCAGAACCUAACUUUGACAACAUAAUUUAAAAUUAAUUAAUUUUUUAUUGGAAAAUGUUUGCGAUAAACUUCAAAGUUUUCCCAUAACAAACAUCAUAUGCACAAUAUUUAAUAAAAAUAAAAAAUUGGUAU